CUUUGCCAAAUAAGUCAUAACUUUUUAAACUAACCAAAAUACAACAUCCAUCUAAAUUUAUUUAUUCUCAAUGCCACGAAUUUUAAUCUCCACCAUGAAAAAUAGUGUAUUGCUUGCCAAAAUUCUUAGUCAAUGCCGCCUACACCUUGAGCCUUAUUUCAGCCAUUACAGCUUACCCAAUAGUAAAAACCCCUUUAUCUUUACGAAUAUUACAUUUCUGCGAAACAGAUAUAUCCCAAAGGAAAGCAAGACUAAAACCAACAGGCGACAACUAUCCGAUAAGCUCUCUGAAAAGGGUAGAGGUGAUGAGGCCAAUUUUUAUCUGAGAGUUAGAAGGGAACAAUUUAUGAAGAUCAAAGAGCGCAAGAUCAUACAAAUUGAGGCUGAACUUCGACUUUUGGAGGCUAAACUCAGUAAAAUUGGCCCCAAGACCACUUCCCAACAAGAGGAAGUAAAACAGAAAUUAUUGGUGGAAAUUAAAGAACUAAAAGCCACACUAAAGAAAUAUAAAAAGUCAGUGGAAGAAGACAAAGCAAAAUAUUAGCCAGAAAAUAAAACGUAAUUUUUUUUACUCUGCUAUAACAUAUUACAGAAAUCCUAUAAAUUUUUAGUAAAUACAAACAUGAAUUCAAA